AUGGCCUUUGCUUUUUUCCUGCAGCUUGAGACAUAUCAGGCUUGUGUUUAUGUUGAAAAAAAUUUCGAACUUUGUGACAUAUAUUUGGCAGCGGCUGACGUUGUAAAAAAGCUGGUAUCUACUCGAGAUGAGAGUAAGAUAGUGGACAAUAUUACACUCUACUGCAACAAAGAUAAUACAAUUGAUGGUUAUUGUCAAGUUACAAGCACUUCGGAUAUAGUUUCUGGCUGCGUGAUUCAAAUUGUUCUAAAUGAUAAAAUUCAAAUUGAAAGACAAGUACAAGUUGUCGGUCACAAUUUUCAAGUACACAGUUAUAGAUCACCACAUUUUUGUGAUUAUUGUGGGGAAGUAUUAUUUGGUUUGGUACGUCAAGGUCUACGCUGUUCAGGUUGUAGUCAAAAUUUUCACAAAAAAUGCGCGUACAAAAUACCCAACACAUGUACUGGUAUAAGUACUAGAUCAAGUUUAACGAAACAAUCCAGUUUUGAAAUAAAUAACCAAUCAUCGUCCAAUUUGUCAAAAACUACCGUUCAAUCGCAUUCUGUUCAUGGAAAUGAAGACCAAUCUCUAUCAGUUCAGUUUCAGAAAAAUAAAACUCAACGAUCUUUAGAUACCGGUUUGGAGAGCAAGUCGACUGAUUUGAAAAGUCACUUAAAUCAUGAAGCUAAUGAUCAUGAUCUCAGUAAUACAACAAUUCAAAGGUAUAAGACAAUUAUUAAGAUUGGUCAAAUUCAACCAAUUAAUACAUCACCUCUUAGAAAAAGUAGUAUACUACUAGGUAAACCAUUAUGGAGUCAACAAGUUAUUGAAAAACCACUUGAAGUUCCGCAUACAUUCGAGUUGAGACGAAGUGCUAAGCCUAUUGUUUGUCAAAAUUGUCAUCGUUUAUUACAUGGAUUAUUUCGGCAAGGUUUACAGUGUAAAGACUGUAAAUUAUGGGUACAUAAGAAAUGCGCCACAUCGAUACCGAACAAUUGUGAUGGUGAACAAUUUUCUCAAGAAGACAAUCCCAUCAAAGAUACACAAUCAAGAAAUUCAUCCUCACUAUCAAUAACAACAUUGUUAGGAGUACAAGAUCCAACGGCAUUAUCAUCAUCAUUAUCAUCCACAUCAUCGUCAUCAAGUGGACCAAGUAAAUUUAAAAAACGUUUAUUUCUUCGUGGACAGACAGUUAGUGCUAUUAAUUCUCAAACUACAAAUGAACAACAACAACAACCGGAAACACCAUCAAUCGAUCAAAAACAAAACAGAUUUUUACAUACAACACAAAGACAAGUAACUGAAGAAAAUCUAUGCUCACCAUCAAAAAAUGAACUGACAGAAAUUCAACCACAUUUUGUAGAGCCAACAUCAAAAUUAUUAUCUUCAUCAAAUUCUUCCACUGAUAAUAAAUUAAUUCAUUCUACUGAUGUAAAGAAUAUUCAGUCAACAAUUGAAGAACGUAAAGCACAUUUUCGUGCACGACAUCAAAUUAAACAACUAUGUGAACCGGAUAUGAAAUUUAAUGAUUUAGUUAAAUCAGCUGAUACCGAUCCACAGAGUAAUGAAAAUGUUGAUCAAACAACUCAUUUACAAAUGGAUUUACAUAACUUAUCAACUGAUUUAAGGAGUUCAAUUGAAAGACCUUUGGUAAAGGUUAAUCCAUUGUUAUGUGGACAACGAAAUAUUCCAUUAAUGCGUGUAGUUCAAUCAGUUCGUCAUACUAAACGUUCUGGAAGUAGUUUAAUCAUUAGAGAAACUUGGAUGGUUCAUAGAACUAACAAGGAUCCAGUUUUGCGUCGACAUUUUUGGCGUCUUGGGACUAAAUCAAUAACAAUGUUUUAUCAUGAGAAAACAAACCGUUAUUUCAAGGAACUUAAUUUAAACGAUAUCAUUUGUUUGGAACCAGCUGGUACAAAUCCUUAUCCAUGGUGUCAUCCAAACACUUCUCAGGCUACUACUACUACUACUACUACAAUAGCCGCAACAAAUAAUUGUCCAAAUACUAUUAAUAAAAAUAUAAAUGAUUGUGAAACUCGUUUAAAGUUAUUGAAUCUUAAUGAAUUCACUACAAGGUUAAUUAAAAAUAAUAAUAACGAUAUAAAAUUAGAUAAUUCACCUAUUAUACCAGAUCAUGUGUUUGAAUUACGUUGUGUUGAUGAUUUAAUUUAUUAUGUUGGUCAGUUAGGUUAUAUGGAAAGUUUAGAUAAUGAAAAUGAUACUUCAUUAUUGUUUAAAUUACAUUCUCGGCGUAAAUCACAUUUUCCAGCAUUGCCAUCAGCUGUAUCUUAUGUACGUAAAGCUUCUGCUCCACUGUAUGGUUUAGUAUAUUUACCUGAACCACCAUCACAGCCACCGUUAUCAUCAUCAUCAUUAUUGACUACAAAUAUGAAAUCAUCUAAUUUCUUAAAAGUUGAUUUAUCUCAAUGUAUGAAAACUCAAAUGACUGCGAUUCUUCCACCACCUCCAGGAACUGGUUUAGAUUUAGCAAAACAUUUAGAAACAGCUAUACGUCAAUCAAUGCUACCUUUAACUUCAAGAACAAGUUCACAGAAAAAUACUACAAUCAACAAUGUAAAUUAUCAAUCUACAAAAAAAGUGCAACAACAAGGAGAUAAAGAAAUCUUGGAACAGACUCAUGGAGCACAAAAAUCCAUGACUUCAUCAAUUACAAAUAAUAAAUUUAUUAUACCAAAACUUAUGGCAAGUAAUUCAUCAAUAUGUAAAGAUCCAGUCAACAUAUCACAGUGUCCACAAAUUUGUAAUGAAGAAGUUGAUGAAAAAACUACGGAAAUAUCAGAUUUAGAAAAAGCUGAAGAAGAUGAUGAUGGUACAGGGAGUUCAAUAAGUGCUUUUAUUGAAAGUAAACAACCUAGUGAUAAUGUUCAAGCAUUGUAUGAAAUAUUUCCAGAGGAAGUUUUAGGCUCUGGACAAUUCGGUAUUGUUUAUGGAGGUAUACAUCGUAAGACGAAACGUGAAGUGGCCAUUAAAGUCAUUGACAAAUUACGAUUCCCUACUAAAAGAGAGGCGCAACUAAAGAAUGAAGUAUCCAUUCUGCGUAAUCUUAAUCACCCUGGAGUGGUAAAUCUUGAAAGAAUGUUUGAAACACCAAAGCGCGUAUUUGUGGUAAUGGAAAAACUAGCAGGUGACAUGCUGGAAAUGAUCCUUGGAUCGCCACAAGGUCGACUGACAGAACGAGUUACGAAAUACCUGGUGACACAAAUACUAGUUGCUUUGCGAUAUCUCCACCUGCGAAGCAUAGUACAUUGUGAUCUCAAGCCAGAAAACGUCCUACUGGCUAUACCACCUAACACAGAUGUGAAUAAUAUGGGACUCCCAGAAGUUUCUCAGAGUGUGGCCCAACAGUUCCCCCAGAUCAAGCUGUGCGACUUUGGAUUUGCAAGGAUUAUAGGCGAUAAGUCCUUCAGGCGAUCGCUGGUUGGUACACCAGCAUACCUAGCUCCUGAAGUACUGAAAAACCGUGGAUACAACCGAGGGAUCGACAUGUGGUCUGUUGGAGUGAUACUUUAUGUAAGUCUUAGUGGGACAUUCCCGUUUAAUGAAGAGGAGGAUAUAGCCGAACAGAUAGAAAAUGCCGAAUUUAUGUAUCCGAGUGACCCGUGGGACAACAUAUCUGAAGACGCCAUACACCUAAUAACACAUUUGCUGCAAGUACGUCUGCGAAACCGAUUCUCCGUUGAGAGAAGCCUUAACCACAUUUGGAUGCAGGACUACAUAUGUUGGUGCGACUUGCGUCGGUUGGAAGCCACACUCUCAAAUGAAAGUCGGUUUCUUACUGCAAGUGCAGAUGAUGCACGGUGGGAAAGAUAUCGUGAAAAGUGGAACAGCGAGAUUGAUGCAGAACCAAGGAAUCGUGUUUCCGAUCAGACGUCAUACAAGCUUCCUACAUGGAAGGAACUCGCUUGGAGAACAGACAUAAAUUUUUAG